AUGUUGAAAAUCUGGAGCAUGAAGGAGAAGCAGGCGGCCGAGGGCGGCAGUGCCAAGAAGAAGGUGACUGCUGCUCAGUUGCGGGUCCAGAAGGAUCUGUCUGAGCUGUCGCUUCCUUCCACCAUGAAGACGCAUUUCCCCUCGGCAGAGGACAUUAUGAACUUUGAGCUGACGGUGCGGCCCGACGAGGGCUUCUACCAGGGUGGCGAGUUCCGGUUCUCGUUCUACGUCAACCCCAACUUUCCCCACGAGCCCCCCAAGGUCAAGUGUCUGCAGAAGGUGUACCAUCCCAACAUUGAUUUGGAGGGCAACGUAUGCCUGAACAUUCUGCGAGAAGACUGGAAGCCCGUUCUUAGUUUAAAUGCAGUCAUGAUCGGUCUUCAGUACCUGUUUUUGGAACCCAAUGCAUCAGAUCCGUUGAAUAAGGAUGCUGCACAUCAGAUGACAGCAAACAGAGAGGAGUUCAAGAGAAACGUCAAGCAUUCCAUGGCCGGAGGCUCCGUUGCGGGAGAGCGGUUCGACUGCGUUCUCAUCAAAUAA